AUGGCGGGUGGAAUGGAUUCGGAUAUGGCGCAUGGCGAGGAGGUUCACGGGAACUUCCGCGGGCACGUCCUUCCAGGUUCCAUCUUCCUGGCGCUCGGCGUCUUUCACGUCGUCUCGGCCCUUUACUGGAAGUUCUUCCGCGGCGGCCUACCGACGUGCGGAUGGUACCCGCUAGACAUCAAGGUGCCGAUCCCUCGCACGCAGCGGCAGGUUCCGCUCACGCUGGCCGAGCCGCUCGUCGUCCUCGUCGCCGGGUGCCUGGCUUCACUCGGGGAGCUGUUCAACCUCGACCACCGCGUCCCCACGUGGCGGUUCCUGUACAACCCGGACGACGGCUACAGGACGUUCUUCAUGGGCCACAUGAACAACUACCAGCACGUGCUGAUGUACGCGAGCUUCGCCGCGGUGAGCGCCGCGAACAUUCUCGCGUUCCACGCCCGCCGCGUCGUGACGCGCCGGACGGGCGCGGCGGCGGUCGCCGUGGACGCGGACGCCAUCGCGCAGGCCGACUGCGCGACGCCGGAGCACCCGUCGACCCGCGCGGCCCUCGUAGAGUUCUGCGACGGGCUGUGCAACGCGUCGCGCGUGCUGGCCUUCGGCAUCGAGUUCCUCCUCCUGAUCUUCCACCUCAAGGGCGGCGCAGUGGAGCGCCGGGUGCAUCUGAUCCUCGCGAUCACGGUCGCGGUGGGCGCGGUGGCGGCGGCGCUGGUGCUCGCGCGGCCAAAGUCGCUCGGGGCGCGGCUGUGCCUCGGCUGGGCGUUCAUCAUCCAGGGCACGUGGUUCGUCCACAUCGCGUUCAUCCUCUUCCGCAACAACCCGCACUGGAAGGGCCCGAUGGCGGAAAUGAUGCUGCCCGUCGAGAUCGCAGCGCACAUGCUCCUCGCGGCCGCGUUCGUCGCGGCGCUGACCGUGUCCGCGGGCCUCGCGGCCGUGCGGAGCUCGGUGCGGCUGCAGUACGACCCGGUGGACCGCGAGGCCCACGGGAAGGCCACCGCUGUCAGCGGCGACGACGACUCGUGA